UUGAUGAGGAAUCAGCUGUCCUUGGUGCUGGAAGAGAGUUUGCACUGAUGAAAACUGCUAAUGGAAAGAUUUAUUAUACUGGCAAAUAUCAAAGCCUUGGAAUCAAACAAGGUGGUCCUUCAGCAGGAAAAUGGGUUGAACUACCAAUCACAAAAUCCCCAAAGAUUAUUCAGUUCUCUGUUGGACAUGAUGGCUCACAUGCCUUACUUGUUGCUGAGGAUGGAAGCAUAUUCUUCACAGGUUCUGCCAGUAAAGGAGAGGAUGGUGAAUCAACUAAAAGCCGACGUCAGUCAAAACCAUAUAAACCUAAAAAAAUCAUUAAAAUGGAAGGAAAGAUUGUCAUUUCGACAGCGUGCAAUAAUGGAAGCAGUUCUGUAAUUUCGAAAGAUGGAGAACUGUACAUGUUUGGAAAAGAUGCCAUUUACUCUGACAGUACAAGUUUGGUGACAGAUUUGAAAGGCCAUUUUGUGACUCAAGUAGCUAUGGGCAAAGCUCACACCUGUGUGUUAAUGAAGAAUGGAGAAGUUUGGACAUUUGGUGUAAAUAAUAAAGGACAGUGUGGGCGAGACACAGGCUCCAUGAGCCAGGGAGGAAAAGGUUUUGGAGUUGAAAACAUGGCAACAGCAAUGGAUGAAGACCUAGAAGAGGAACUGGAUGAAAAAGAUGAGAAGUCCAUGAUGUGUCCUCCAGGCAUGCAUAAAUGGAAGCUGGAGCAGUGUAUGGUGUGCACUGUAUGUGGAGAUUGCACAGGGUAUGGAGCUAGCUGUGUUAGUAGUGGGCGUCCUGACAGAGUACCUGGAGGAAUCUGUGGCUGUGGCUCAGGUGAGUCGGGCUGUGCUGUAUGUGGCUGCUGCAAGGCGUGUGCUAGAGAACUGGAUGGCCAGGAAGCAAGGCAAAGAGGAAUUCUUGAUGCUGUAAAAGAGAUGAUACCUUUAGAUCUCUUGCUAGCUGUCCCUGUUCCUGGAGUUAAUAUUGAAGAACACCUUCAGUUACGGCAGGAAGAAAAGCGGCAACGUGUAAAUAGGAGACAUAGGUUGGAAGAAGGAAGAGAUGGAAGCGGAGAAAGGGGUGAGAAGGAUGCUAGCAAAAUCACAACCUAUCCACCAGGGGCUGUCCGCUUCGACUGUGAACUGCGAGCCGUACAAGUCAGUUGUGGGUUCCACCAUUCAGUGGUUCUGAUGGAAAAUGGUGAUGUUUACACAUUUGGAUAUGGGCAGCAUGGUCAGCUCGGACAUGGUGAUGUUAAUUCCAGGGGAUGUCCUACUUUGGUGCAAGCAUUACCAGGUCCUAGUACACAAGUUACUGCUGGGAGCAACCAUACAGCUAUUCUCUUAAUGGAUGGCCAAGUCUUCACAUUUGGAAGUUUCUCAAAAGGUCAGCUUGGUAGGCCUAUUCUGGAUAUGCCCUACUGGAAUGCAAAACCAGCACCUAUGCCUAAUAUAGGCUCGAAGUAUGGACGCAAAGCAACGUGGAUUGGAGCAAGCGGAGACCAGACUUUUCUCCGGAUUGAUGAAGCUCUCAUUAAUUCUCAUGUGCUGGCUACAUCAGAGAUAUUUGCAAGCAGGCAUAUAAUAGGUUUGGUACCGGCUUCAAUAUCAGAACCUCCUCCUUUUAAGUGUCUUCUGAUAAACAAAGUAGAUGGCAGUUGUAAAACAUUCAAUGAUUCUGAGCAGGAAGACCUUCAGGGUUCUGGUGUGUGUCUGGAUCCUGUCUAUGAUGUUAUUUGGAGGUUUCGACAAAAUGCUAGGGAGCUGUGGAGCUACAACGCAGUAGUUGCCGAUUCCAGACUUCCCUCAGCUCCAGACAUGCAAUCCCGGUGUAGUAUUUUGAGUCCCGAACUUGCUCUGCCAACAGGUUCCAAAGCUCUAACCACCAGAUCUCAUGCAGCUUUGCACAUUCUAGGUUGUCUUGAUACUUUGGCUGCUAUGCAGGACUUAAAAAUGGGUGUAGCAAAUACAGAAGAGGAGACUCAAGCAGUAAUGAAAGUUUAUUCUAAAGAAGACUACAGUGUUGUUAACAGAUUUGAAAGCCAUGGAGGAGGCUGGGGUUAUUCAGCCCACUCAGUAGAAGCUAUUCGUUUCUGUGCUGAUACAGAUAUUCUGCUAGGUGGUCUUGGUCUUUUUGGAGGUAGAGGUGAAUACACUGCAAAAAUAAAGUUGUUUGAAUUGGGCCCAGAUGGGGGAGACCAUGAAACUGAUGGAGACCUUCUUGCUGAAACAGAUGUCUUAGCAUAUGAUUGUGCUGCUAGAGAGAAGUAUGCAAUGAUGUUUGAUGAACCAGUACUUCUACAAGCUGGCUGGUGGUAUGUCGCCUGGGCAAGAGUGUCAGGACCUAGUAGUGAUUGUGGAUCACAUGGACAGGCCUCCAUUACUACAGAUGAUGGUGUUGUAUUUCAGUUUAAAAGUUCCAAGAAAUCAAAUAAUGGUACGGAUGUUAAUGCAGGGCAGAUCCCACAGUUACUAUACAGGCUGCCAACUAGUGAUGGCAGUGCAUCCAAAGGAAAGCAGCAGACCAGUGAACCUGUGCACAUUCUAAAGAGAUCUUUCGCCAGAACUGUCUCAGUAGAAUGUUUUGAAUCUUUGUUGAGCAUUCUUCACUGGAGCUGGACAACACUCGUGCUGGGAGUUGAAGAGCUUCGUGGGCUUAAGGGAUUCCAAUACACUGCUACUCUUUUGGAUUUAGAAAGGUUGCGUUUUGUGGGCACUUGCUGCCUGAGGUUGCUGAGAGUCUACACCUGUGAAAUAUAUCCGAUAUCAGCUACAGCUAAGGCGGUUGUAGAAGAAACCAGCAAACUAGCAGAUUGCAUUGGAAAAACUAGGACCUUGCUGAGAAAAAUUUUGUCUGAAGGAGUUGAUCACUGCAUGGUGAAGUUGGACAAUGAUCCACAAGGAUACCUCAGUCAGCCUCUCAGUCUUUUAGAAGCUGUUCUUCAGGAAUGCCAUAAUACAUUCACAGCUUGCUUUCAUUCGUUUUAUCCAACUCCAUCUCUCCAGUGGGCAUGUCUUUGUGACUUGCUGAAUUGUUUGGACCAGGACAUUCAGGAAGCAAACUUCAAAACCUCCAGCAGCCGACUUCUUGCUGCUGUUAUGUCUGCCCUCUGCCAUACUUCAGUAAAGCUGACCUCUAUCUUCCCGAUUGCUUAUGAUGGAGAGGCGUUGCUGCGAUCAAUGGUUAAACAAGUCAGCACUGAGAAUGACUCUGCUCUGGCCCAUCGCUUUCCUCUUUUGGUUGCACACAUGGAAAAACUUAGUCAGAGUGAAGAAAAUGUUUCAGGGCUGACAAGCUUUCGGGAGGUGCUGGAGAAGAUGUUGGUCAUUGUUGUUUUACCAGUACGGAACAGCCUUAGACGAGAAAAUGAACUCUUCUCUUCACAUCUGGUUUCUAACACCUGUGGGUUGCUUGCUAGUAUUGUGAGUGAGCUUACAGCAUCAGCAUUAGGAUCUGAGGUUGAUGGACUGAACUCUCUCCAUUCUGUCAAAUCCACUCCAAACCGAUUCACUAAAACAAGUCAGGGAAGAAGCUGGAAUACGGGGAACGGAUCUCCUGAUGCAAUAUGCUUCUCUGUUGACAAACCUGGUGUCGUUGUAGUAGGAUUUUCUGUUUAUGGAGGAGGAGGAAUUCAUGAGUAUGAGUUGGAAGUACUAGUUGAUGAUAGUGAUCAUACUGGAGAUUCAACUCAUUCUCAUAGAUGGACGUCUUUAGAGUUGGUUAAAGGAACUUACACCACAGAUGAUUCUCCCAGUGACAUAGCUGAAAUCAGAAUUGACAAGGUUGUUCCACUGAAGGAAAAUGUGAAAUAUGCAGUUCGCUUGAGGAAUUAUGGAAGCCGGACUGCCAAUGGAGAUGGAGGAAUGACCACAGUUCAGUGUCCAGAUGGUGUAACAUUUACAUUCAGUACAUGUAGUCUGAGCAGUAAUGGCACAAACCAAACACGAGGACAGAUUCCACAGAUUCUUUAUUACAGGAGUGAGUAUGAUGGAGAUCUGCAAUCCCAGCUUUUGAACAAAGCUAACGAGGAAGAUAAAAAUUGUAGCAGGGCUCUUUCUGUUGUGAGUGCUGUUGUACGAGCAGCCAAAGAUCUGUUGCACAGAGCUCUUGCUGUAGAUGCUGAAGACAUUCCAGAACUACUCAGCUCUUCCAGUCUGUUUUCAAUGCUGCUUCCCCUCAUAAUAGCAUACAUAGGACCAGUAGCGGCAGCUAUACCCAAGGUUGCUGUUGAGGUCUUUGGCCUAGUACAACAGUUACUUCCUUCUGUGGCAGUUCUGAAUCAGAAAUAUGCCCCUCCAGCUUUUAACCCAAAUCAGUCAACAGACAGUACCACAGGAAACCAACCCGAGCAAGGGCUUUCAGCUUGUACUACCUCCAAUCACUAUGCUGUUGUAGAAAGUGAGCAUCCCUACAAACCUGCCUGUGUUACACACUAUAAGGUAACUUUUCCUGAAUGUGUCCGGUGGAUAACAAUAGAGUUUGACACUCAGUGUGGCACUGCUCAGUCAGAGGAUGUUCUUCGUUUAUUAAUUCCUGUCAGAAUUGCACAGAGUUUAGGAUUUGGACCAAAGCAUGCCUCUGUUCAUGAAAACCUAAAUUCAUGGGUAGAACUGAAAAAAUUUUCUGGAUCUUCAGGAUGGCCUACAAUGGUAUUAGUAUUGCCAGGAAAUGAAGCUCUUUUUUCUCUGGAGACUGCAUCAGACUAUGUGAAAGAUGAAAAGGCUUGUUUUUAUGGUUUCAAAUGUUAUGCAAUUGGAUAUGAAUUUAGUCCAGGAUCUGAUGAGGGUAUUAUUCAACUGGAGAAAGAAUUGGCAAAUCUAGGAGGAUCAUGUGCAGCAGCUUUGAUGAAGAAAGAUCUAGCACUUCCUAUUGCUGGUAAUGAAUUUGAAGAGGAUCUUGAGAUACUUGAAGAGGCUGCCUUACAGGUGUGCAAAUCUCACUCUGGCAUUCUUGGGAAAGGCUUAGCACUAUCUCACUCGCCAACCAUUUUGGAAGCUCUUGAAGGAAAUCUUCCACUGCAGGUACAAAGUAAUGAGCAAUCAUUUCUGGAAGAUUUCAUUGCUUGUGUACCAGGAUCAAGUGGUGGACGACUUGCAAGGUGGCUUCAGCCAGAUUCAUAUGCUGAUCCUCAAAAAACAUCAUUGAUUUUGAAUAAGGAUGAUAUUCGAUGCGGUUGGCCGACUGUCAUUACAGUACAAACAAAAGACCAGUAUGGGGAUGUUGUUCAUGUUCCUAGUAUGAAGGUAGAAGUCAAAGCUAUUCCUGUUUCUCAGAAAAAAACAUCUUUGCAGCAAGAACAAGCUAAAAAAGUGCAAAGAAUACCAGGGAGUCCUGCAACAGCGGCUUCCCCUAGCAGUGAUAUGACCUUUGGAGGACUUCCUUCACCAAAACUUGAUUCUUCCUAUGAGCCAAUGAUAGUAAAAGAAGCUCGAUAUAUUGCCAUUACAAUGAUGAAGGCAUAUGAAAAUUAUUCUUUUGAAGAACUGCGCUUUGCUUCACCAACACCGAAGAGACCCAGUGAAAACAUGUUGAUCAGAGUCAAUAAUGAUGGUACAUACUGUGCAAACUGGACUCCUGGAGCUGUUGGUCUCUAUACCAUUCAUGUUACUAUCGAUGGCAUUGAAAUAGAUGCUGGACUAGAAGUCAAAGUAAAAGAUCCUCCAAAGGGAAUGAUACCUCCUGGAACUCAACUUAUUAAACCAAAAGCGGAGCCUCAGCCUAACAAGGUUCGCAAAUUUGUGGCCAAGGACAGUGCAGGGCUUCGUAUCCGUAGCCACCCUUCCCUUCAGAGUGAGCAAAUAGGCAUAGUGAAAGUCAAUGGAUCCAUCACUUUCAUUGACGAGAUCCACAAUGAUGAUGGUGUUUGGCUGAGGCUGAAUGAUGAGACAAUAAAGAAGUAUGUUCCUAACAUGAAUGGCUACACUGAAGCCUGGUGUCUCUCUUUUAACCAACAUCUUGGCAAGAGCCUCCUGGUACCUGUUGAUAAUGUCUUUAAUGCUAGCCAAGGAGUAAGGGAUUUGGACUUUUUUUCAUGGACUUCCAAAGCUUUACCCCCUAAGGACUCUAGGUCUAAUACUGAUGAUUUUUUCAAAGACCUAAAUUCACACUGCCCGCAGGAAGCAGUGGUGCAAGAACAAGAUAUGCCAUUCCUUCGAGGUGGACCUGGAGUGUACAAGGUAGUGAAGACUGGCCCAUCAGGUCACAACAUCAGAAGCUGCCCUAACCUUAGAGGUAUCCCAAUUGGAAUGUUAGUUCUGGGAAACAAAGUCAAAGCAGUGGGCGAGGUGUCUAAUUCAGAAGGUACAUGGGUGCAAAUGGAUAAGAACAGCAUGGUAGAGUUCUGUGAAAGUGAUGAAGGCGAGGCAUGGUCGUUAGCUAGAGACAGAGGUGGAAACCAGUACCUCCGACAUGAAGAUGAGCAAGUCCUUCUAGAUCAGAAUGUUCAGACUCCUCCCCCAAGUCCUUUUUCAAUACAAGCUUUCAGUAAGGGCACAAGCUGUAGUAAUGGUCAAGGGUUUGAUUACGGCCUUGGAAAUAAUAAAGUUUUGACUGUUUUGCCUACUACAGGUGACCAACUGAGUGCCAUACUGAAUUCCAUUCAGUCACGGCCAAAUCUCCCAGCUCCUUCCAUCUUUGAUCAAGCUGCAAAACCUCCCUCUUCCCUAGUCCACAGUCCAUUUGUGUUCGGACAGCCCCUUUCCUUCCAGCAGCCUCAGCCACCGCUUCAGAAAUCUCCAUCCUGCUGCCUUGCUUCUCGUGAGCGUAUUUACAAAACUAGUGAUGUAGCUGGGCCUGCCUCUGCUAUUUCAUCUCUCUCUCACAAACUGAAGGGUGACCGAAUGAAUUUCACAGGAGCUGGCAGACCAAUUUCUCCAGCAGGAAAAUCAGACAUGACAUCAAAACACAGAGCUGACUGCAGGUCACCCAAACUUGAUGUACGAAUGAAUAGAGUUACUGGUGACCAGAAGAAACCCAGGAAUACAGAAGGCUUAUCUGCCAGUGAGUCUCUUCUGCUGAAAUCGGAUGCCGCAAAAUUGCGAUCAGACUCUCACAGCAGGUCAUUGUCUCCAAAUCAUAACACUCUGCAAACGCUAAAAACUGAUGGAAGAACAACUACUGGUUUGAGAGCUGAAUCUCCAGGGCCAGGAACCCGGUCGACUUCUCCAAAGACAAAGACACUUACAGCUGUUAGAUCUGGUACUAGUUCUCCACGAUCUUCAUCACCCCAUGACAAACCUCUACCUCAGAAAGCUCCAUCUCCUGUUAAAACAAAGCUUGAUCCUCCACGAGAACGCUCCAAAUCGGAUUCUUACACGUUAGAUCCAGACACUCUUCGCAAAAAGAAAGUACCAUUAACAGAACCCUUAAGGGGGAGGUCCACUUCACCCAAACCAAAAAUUACUGCAAAAGAUGGAAAAUCUGCUACAGAAACUGAAAACAGAGCUCCUUCCCCUCAUGUCGUACAAGAAAAUCUUCACAGUGAGGUAGUUGAAGUAUGUACUUCAAGUACUCUAAAGACUAACAGCAUUACAGAUACCACCUGUGAAGACAACACAGAAUUCAGAAGUGUGGAUGAUGGUUCUAAUAAGGUUCAUUUCAGCAUAGGAAAAGCACCGCUGAAAGAUGAGCAAGAUAUGAGAGCAUCUCCAAAAGUGAGCCGUAAAUGUGCUGGUAGGCAUACAAGACCCAAAAAAGAAAAAUCCGGCUUUCUUUUCAAAGGAGAUGGCUCCAAGCCUGUAGAGCCUACCAAGCAAGCGAUGUCGCCUUCUGUUGCAGAAUGUGCUAGAGCUGUAUUUGCUGCAUUUCUUUGGCACGAAGGAAUAGUUCAUGAUGCUAUGGCUUGUUCAUCUUUUUUGAAGUUUAAUCCAGAACUGUCCAAAGAGCAUGCACCAAUACGAAGCAGUCUUACUCCACAACCUGCAGAGGAAAAAGAAACCAAGCUGAAAAAUAGACAUUCGUUGGAAAUAUCAUCUGCUCUUAACAUGUUCAACAUCUCGCCUCAUGGACCAGAUAUAUCUAAAAUGGGUAGCAUCAAUAAAAACAAAGUCCUUUCAAUGUUAAAAGAGCCACCUCUGCAUGAGAAGUGUGAGGAUGGAAAAACUGAAGCUACCUCCUUUGAAACAUCCAGUCAUCACACAAUGAAAUCCAAGUCUCCUCUUCCCUUAACGCUACAGCACUUGGUAGCUUUCUGGGAAGACAUUUCGUUAGCAACUAUUAAAGCAGCUUCCCAAAACAUGAUUUUUCCAAGUCCUGGUUCUUGUGCGGUGUUAAAGAAGAAAGAAAGUGACAAAGAUAACAAGAAAACCAAAAAAGAGAAAAAGAAAAAGGAGAAGGUUGAGACUAGGCCAAGGGGAAAUCUUUUUGGUGAGAUGGCUCAGCUUGCAGUGGGAGGACCUGAAAAAGACACUAUCUGUGAGUUGUGUGGAGAAUCCCAUCCCUACCCAGUGACUUACCACAUGAGACAAGCUCAUCCAGGUUGUGGCCGUUAUGCAGAUGGCCAAGGUUAUAAUAGCAUCGGGCACUUCUGUGGAGGCUGGGCGGGUAAUUGUGGUGAUGGCGGUAUUGGAGGAAGCACUUGGUACUUGGUUUGUGAUCGAUGCAGAGAGAAGUAUCUCCGUGAAAAGCAAGCAGCAGCCAGAGAGAAGAUUAAACAGUCUAGGAGAAAACCAAUGCAAGUUAAGACUCCUCGUGCCUUGCCAACUAUGGAAGCUCAUCAAGUGAUUAAAGCCAAUGCACUGUAUUUACUGUCGCUGAGUAGUGCUGCUGAGCCUAGUAUCCUCUGCUAUCACCCUGCAAAAGCAUUCCAAUCUCAACUCCCCAGUCUCAAAGAGGGAAUUUCAGAAGACUUCCCUAUUAAAAUGCCAUGUCUCUAUCUACAGACUUUAGCAAGGCAUCAUCAUGAAAAUUUUGUUGGGUACCAAGAUGACAACCUCUUCCAGGAUGAGAUGAGGUACCUGCGCUCAACUUCAGUACCUGCACCGUACAUCUCAGUUACUCCUGAUGCAAGCCCUAAUGUCUUUGAAGAGCCAGAGAGUAAUAUGAAAUCUAUGCCCCCAAGUUUGGAAACCAGUCCAAUCACAGAUACAGAUCUUGCGAAGCGUACAGUCUUUCAAAGAUCAUACUCAGUUGUUGCAUCAGAAUAUGACAAGCAGCACUCAAUUUUGCCAGUACGUGUAAAGGCAAUCCCGAGGAGACGAGUCAACAGUGGAGAUGCGGAAGUGGGGUCCUCUCUCCUGAGACAUCCAUCUCCUGAACUUUCUCGGUUAAUCUCCGCCCACAGCUCUCUUUCCAAAGGAGAGAGAAAUUUCCAGUGGCCAGUAUUGGCAUUUGUAAUCCAGCAUCAUGAUCUGGAGGGACUUGAAAUAGCAAUGAAACAAGCCUUACGGAAAUCUGCCUGCCGUGUUUUUGCCAUGGAGGCUUUCAACUGGCUUCUUUGUAAUGUCAUUCAAACAACUUCCCUUCAUGAUAUCUUAUGGCAUUUUGUGGCUUCCCUGACUCCUGCACCUGUAGAGCCUGAAGAAGAGGAGGAUGAAGAAAAUAAAUCAAAUAAAGAAAAUGCAGAACAAGAAAAAGACACAAGAGUAUGUGAACAUCCUCUGUCAGAUAUAGUGAUUGCUGGUGAAGCAGCUCACCCAUUACCCCACACUUUUCAUCGCCUUCUCCAGACAAUCUCUGAUCUUAUGAUGUCUCUUCCCAGUGGUAGUGCAUUACAGCAAAUGGCCUUAAGAUGCUGGAGUCUCAAAUUCAAACAAUCUGAUCAUCAGUUCCUGCACCAGAGCAAUGUUUUCCAUCAUAUCAACAAUAUUUUGUCUAAAUCUGAUGAUGGAGACAGUGAAGAGAGUUUUAGUAUCAGCGUUCAGUCUGGUUUUGAAGUUAUGAAUCAGGAGCUGUGCAUAGUGGUUUGUCUAAAAGACUUAACCAGCAUUGUUGACAUUAAAACAUCAAGCCGACCUGCCAUGAUUGGUAGUUUAACAGAUGGGUCUACAGAAACAUUCUGGGAGUCCGGAGAUGAAGAUAAAAACAAAACCAAAAACAUCACAAUUAACUGUGUGAAAGGAAUCAAUGCACGUUAUGUGUGUGUUCAUGUAGACAACUCCAGAGACCUGGGGAACAAAGUGACGUCAAUGACCUUUCUAACUGGCAAGGCAGUAGAAGAUCUCUGCAGAAUAAAGCAGGUAGACUUGGAUUCAAGGCACAUUGGCUGGGUAACAAGUGAACUUCCUGGGGGUGACAAUCACAUCAUCAAAAUUGAACUGAAAGGUCCAGAAAACACACUAAGAGUUCGACAAGUGAAAAUUCUUGGAUGGAAAGAUGGUGAAAGCAUUAAAAUAGCAGGCCAGAUUUCUGCUAGUGUAGCUCAACAAAGAAACUGUGAAUCGGAGACGCUGCGAGUAUUCCGACUUAUUACAUCCCAGGUAUUUGGAAAACUCAUCUCUGGAGAUGCUGAGCCAACCCCAGAACAAGAAGAAAAAGCACUGUUGUCUUCCCCAGAAGGAGAAGAAAAAGUACACAAUGCAACAUCAGAUGCAGACCUGAAGGAGCACAUGGUAGGGAUCAUAUUCAGCCGGAGCAAACUGACAAAUUUGCAGAAGCAGGUGUGUGCUCAUAUAGUCCAGGCCAUAAGAAUGGAAGCAACCCGUGUGCGUGAAGAAUGGGAGCAUGCCAUCUCCAGCAAAGAGAACGCCAACUCACAGCCCAGCGAUGAGGAUGCUUCUUCUGAUGCUUAUUGCUUUGAGCUGCUGUCAAUGGUUCUGGCACUGAGCGGUUCCAAUGUAGGCCGGCAGUACCUGGCACAGCAGCUGACUCUGCUUCAGGAUCUUUUCUCAUUGCUACACACUGCUUCGCCCAGGGUGCAGAGACAGGUAACAUCACUACUAAGACGUGUUUUGCCCGAGGUAACCCCUAGUCGCCUUGCUAGUAUUAUAGGCGUGAAGUCCCUUCCACCAGCAGAUAUAAGUGAUAUCAUUCACUCAACAGAAAAAGGAGAUUGGAAUAAAUUAGGUAUCUUAGACAUGUUUUUGGGAUGCAUUGCCAAAGCUCUCACUGUACAGCUAAAAGCCAAAGGAACUACUAUAACAGGGACGGCUGGCACUACUGCAGGCAAAGGAGUUACUACAGUCACACUUCCAAUGAUCUUCAAUUCCAGCUAUAUUCGACGAGGUGAAAGCCAUUGGUGGAUGAAGGGUUCAACACCUACUCAGAUUUCAGAGAUCAUUAUUAAACUCAUUAAAGACAUGGCAGCAGGUCAUCUGUCAGAAGCUUGGUCCCGCGUAACGAAGAACGCUAUUGCUGAAACCAUCAUAGCUCUGACCAAAAUGGAAGAAGAAUACAGAUCACCAGUGAGGUGCAUUGCAACAACCAGACUGUGGCUGGCCUUAGCAUCCCUCUGUGUACUUGAUCAGGAUCAUGUUGAUAGACUGUCCUCAGGAAGGUGGAUGGGAAAGGACGGACAGCAGAAACAGAUGCCCAUGUGCGAUAACCAUGAUGAUGGUGAAACUGCUGCAAUCAUUUUAUGUAAUGUCUGUGGGAAUUUGUGUACAGAUUGUGACAGAUUCCUUCAUCUCCAUCGGCGAACAAAAACUCAUCAGAGACAGGUAUUCAAAGAAGAAGAAGAAGCUAUCAAAGUUGAUCUCCAUGAGGGUUGUGGUAGGACCAAACUUUUCUGGCUGAUGGCGUUAGCAGAUUCUAAAACUAUGAAGGCUAUGGUGGAAUUCAGAGAACAGACAGGCAAGCCGACCACCAGCAGUUCUGAGGCGUGUCGCUUCUGUGGAUGCAGGAGCGGAACAGAAUUAUCAGCAGUGGGAAGCGUUUGUUCUGAUACAGAUUGCCAGGAAUAUGCUAAAAUUGCCUGCAGCAAGACACACCCCUGUGGUCACCCAUGUGGAGGCGUUAAGAACGAAGAGCACUGUUUGCCGUGCUUGCAUGGCUGUGAUAAGAAUGCUACAACUCUUAAACAAGAUGCUGAUGACAUGUGCAUGAUCUGCUUUACUGAAGCACUUUCAGCAGCACCAGCUAUCCAGCUGGACUGCAGCCACGUUUUCCAUUUGCAAUGCUGUCAGCGAGUCCUAGAAAACAGGUGGCUUGGGCCAAGGAUAACUUUUGGGUUUAUGUCCUGUCCUAUUUGCAAGAACAAAAUCAAUCACACAGUGUUAAAAGAUUUGCUUGAUCCAAUCAAAGAACUCUAUGAAGAUGUAAGGAGAAAAGCACUAAUGAGACUGGAGUAUGAAGGGCUGCACAAGAGUGAGGCCAUCACAACACCAGGCGUUAGAUUUUAUAAUGACCCAGCUGGCUAUGCUAUGAACAGAUAUGCUUAUUAUGUUUGCUACAAGUGCAAAAAGGCAUAUUUUGGUGGCGAAGCUCGUUGUGAUGCUGAGGCUGGACAAGGAGAUGACUACGAUCCAAGAGAGCUUAUUUGCGGUGCAUGCUCUGAUGUUUCAAGGGCUCAGAUGUGUCCCAAACACGGUACAGAUUUCUUGGAGUACAAAUGCCGCUACUGCUGCUCAGUCGCUGUUUUUUUCUGUUUUGGGACAACGCAUUUUUGCAACGCCUGCCAUGAUGAUUUCCAAAGAAUGACAAGCAUCCCUAAAGAAGAACUCCCACACUGUCCUGCAGGUCCCAAAGGUAAACAACUUGAAGGAACAGAAUGUCCGCUUCAUGUUGUCCAUCCACCCACUGGUGAAGAAUUUGCUCUGGGUUGUGGGGUUUGCAGAAACGCUCAUACUUUUUAGACUAGCAAGGUUUUUUUUCACCAGAGCAAAACAGGUGCCCUCAUCCCUCAAGUGUCCUGAAAAUUGAAGUCCAGUUGGGAUGAGGAUGGGACCAUUGCAUAACCCAGGAACAAUAUACAGUGCAAGAAGGAUGCCAAAUACCAUGUACAUAAUUCUUGCUGUGAGAUUGACAUUUUUUUGAACUGAGACAUCAAAACUUGUGAGGUGUUUGCAUGUGGCCAUUACAGUCAUUGGCUAGGAAACAUUGGACAUUUACAAAUUAAUAAUUGCUAUUAAAGGAUCUGUGUGUCUGUGGACUAUGAAUGAUGCUGGCUUUCAGGAAAAAGGAAAAAAAAAUGAUUAUUGUAUACUGACUUUUUGUAAUCUUGUACAAUUGUAAGGCAUCACAAGGGGAUGGGAAAGAGGGAUAUUCUGGUUUAUUUCCUAGACUGUUAUAAAAAAAAAAAUGUGUUAGGAAGGCGUAAAUGUAUCAAGUAUCACGCUGUAUAUAAAGGUAUCAAUGUUUGUCCUGUAUAAGAAUUAUUAAAUUACAAACAGCAGUUUCAUUUAAACUUCUGGGUUAUGUUUGAGCCUGAAAUUUUAAUGAAGUGCAAUACUGAGUGUGCCUCAUAUCUUGCAGCUGUAAACAUAAUGGAAUGUACAUGUCAAUAAA